AUGGCAGAUCGUCAACCUGGAUGCACACGCUUUGGUGCUGUCGUGAGCGUGAAAGGUCGAUCGCCCAUGGCAGAAGGAGUGUUUCGGUCGCUAGCAAAGGGCAAUGCGCGUAUCGCAACGGUAGACUCGUGUGGCACCGGGGCUUACCACACCCUCGAUCCUCCUGAUUCUCGAACUACGCUCACAUUGCAAAAGAACGGUAUCAACGACUAUCAGCAUGGCGCUCGUCAGGUGACCAAGGAGGACUUCAACAACUUCGACUACAUCUUCGCCAUGGACGGAUGGAAUCUGCGAGAUCUCCAGAAGAUGCAGCGCGGGAUCGAGAGGAGGGGUCAGAAGAGCAGAGCUCAAGUCAUGUUGUUAGGCGAGUACGCUGGAAAGGCAUCCGCAGAAGAAGUCGUCGAUCCGUAUUAUGGAGAGGACAACGGUUUCAAUGUAGUGUUUGAGCAGGUGAAGCGCUUCUCUACUAAUUUCCUCAAAUCGCUGGAGAAGGAUUCCGGUCCAAACAGUUCUUGA